GUGAUAAACACUAGAAAGAUAUAUGUGGAUACAUGUAGUGAGUUGUUAAUUUCAAAUGCACGUGAAAUUUGCUGAGUUAAUAUUCUAACAAAUUGUAAAUAAAGAUAAUAUUAAUAAUUCAAACAUGAGUACUACAGUAAAAAGCCAGAAAAAUGGGACAUGUAAGACGGUAUUUAAGAUAUUAAAAAAGCUUAUAAAGGAAUUUUUAAUAUGGCUAAUAAUCCAAUUGCACAUGAUAUUUGACUGGUUAGUGGAUUUACUUUUUGGUUUCUACUAUGAUCAUAGUGCAAAGAAAGUUCCACCGAUAAAAAAUGAUUUACUGCUGAUGAGUGCAUCGGAAUUAGCUAAUCAAAUCAGAACAAAGAAAGUGUCAUCUUUGGAGGUCGUCACAGCAUUUAUAGAGAGAGCAAAAGAAGUAAAUGAAAUAAUAAAUGCUGUCGUGGAAGAUAGAUACUCUAAUGCCUUGGAAGAAGCUAAAGAAGUAGACAAACUUUUGCAGAAAUCCCAAGACAUUGAUGUAAUAAAGAAGGAAAAACCUUUCCUAGGUGUUCCUUUUACAACAAAAGAAAGUAUUGAAGCAAAAGGUAUGCUUCAUACAAUGGGUUUAACAAGCAGGCAUGAUUAUCGCUCUGAAACUGAUGCAACUGUAGUGGAGUUUGCAAAAAAUGCUGGUGGAAUUUUGAUAGCAAAAACAAAUAUUCCUGAGCUAAAUUUAUGGACAGAGUCAAGAAACAAUUUAUAUGGACAAACUUGUAAUCCGUACAAUACUACUCGAAAUGUUGGUGGUAGCAGUGGUGGAGAAGGGGCUAUUAUUGCUGCUUGUGGUGCUGCAAUUUCUAUUGGCAGUGAUAUUGGUGGUUCUACUAGGAUGCCUGCAUUUUUUAAUGGAGUCUUUGGAUUAAAACCAACUGAAGGUUUAACACCAUUAAAAGGCGUUGGUCUUCGAAAAAAGGAUUACCUUAAUUCAAUGGCAGAAUCAGGACCAAUUUGUAAAAAGGCAGAGGAUAUAGCGCCCUUUUUGAAAGUAUUAAUUGGGGAAAAAGUUUCUCGUCUGCAGCUUGAUACAGUAGUAGACUUGAAAAAACUUAAUAUUUUUUAUCAAGAAAGUUCAGGUGAUCUGAGAGCAAGUAAAGUAAAUUCUGAGAUGAAAAAUGCUCUUUUAAAAUGUGUAUAUCAUUUUAAGGAAAUUACUGGAUCCGCAACAAAAGUAAAAAUACCUGGUUCUGAAUAUAGCUAUCGAUUGUGGAGGUAUUGGAUGGGUCAAGAGAAUUUUGACUUUAAAAUGCAUAUUACAAAUGGAAAGUAUCGUGCAAGCGCAGUGACAGAAGCUCCCAGGUUUCUAACAGGAAAGUCUGAAAUAACACUAGCUGCAAUUUUAAAAUUAAUCGAUGAAGAUAUACUACCUAAAGAUAGUAAUGAAUGGGGAAUGAAUACAACUAAGAAUAUGAAAAAGUAUUUAUUGGACAAACUGGGAAAUGAUGGAGUAUUAUUUUAUCCAUCGUCACCUUUUCCAGCUGGCUACCAUUACUCAGCUUAUUUGAGACCUUUUAAUUUUGGUUAUUGGUGUCUUUUCAAUGUUCUGAGAUUUCCAGUCUGUCAAGUACCUCUUGGUUUAGAUAAGAAUGGAUUGCCUGUUGGAGUUCAAGUUGUUGCAGCUCCAUAUAAUGAUCACCUAUGUAUAGCUGUAGCACAAGAAUUAGAAAGAGCCUUUGGUGGUUGGGUUCCACCAUCUUAAUUGGGAAAGUUGAUAAAUUGUACAAAUUUGUCGCCCAUGCUAAACUGUUUUAAUGGGAAUUUAUGGUAUUAGGUAUUAUUAACAACAUAAUGGUAAUAUGAAAAUUGUUAUUUUAUUAUAGUAUAAGGCAUUAGGCGUGCGAUGAUCAUUUUCAAUUUUCUAGUCCAAUCACUUUUUAUUGUUUUUGUCAUGUUUAACUAUCUGAAACAGAAUAAAUGUUACUAUCAAAUAAGGAUAAAGUAUUAGGUAUAGAAAUUAAUUCUGUGACUUUAUAUUCAAUCAUUUAUUACUUUAGUUUAAGUAGAAAUAUUUAAUCGCCAUUUUGUUAUUAUAUAUUAAAUUACAAAUCUUCUAGGUUCUCGACCUGAUUUCUAUUAUAAUCAAUUUAUACAUAUUCUGUAUAUCAUAAGUUUUAAUUUGAUAACCGUUACAACGUACGUAUAUGUAUAUACGAAGUUUGGUAGCCAUACAUUUUUGCUUAUUAUUAUUAUUAUUCUAAUAGAUUCCAAGAGUACUUGGCAAUUAUAGUAACUGUAAAAGAAUAACAAUAAGCAACAUUUUUUUAAUGUACCAAAAUGGUGAGUAAGUGUAUCUUUUUAAACUAGAGUUAUAAAUUAUUGAAUACAGAGGCACAGAAUUAUUAAUUUUUACACCUAAUAAUUUCAACAACCCAAUCUUGUUCACAUAAAUGCAUUUGAGCUCUUUAGUUUGGAAUACUAAUUGAGAAUGAUAUCUGGUUCAAAGUUUAUUUGUUUUAUAUAUUGUGAAAUAAAAUGUUUUGAUAACUUUUCACAUA